AUGGCCUUCCACCCAGAAGUGAUCUUUCUGAAAGGUAAGGCUGGCAGUAGAGAAGGGUCCCCAGAAAUGCAUGAAACUAGCACUGAUCUGUCUAGCCGAAUCUGGUCAACUCUUGACUAGCAGAAGCUGUCCAGGGAUUCACAUUGGGGGGGGGGUCUUCAAAGCCCACUAUGCAAGGGGCCUUUUUUGGUUGCAGGGGGAGGAGAUGCAAGAACCAAAGACUGGGGUGUCCUACAUUGGAGCUGGGGAAUCUGGCUCUCUGGAUGUUGCUGGAUUCCCAUCAGCCCCAACCAGCAUGGGAGCUGUGAUUUGUCUUCUGGUCCAGGAACACCUGGAGAGCCACAGGUUCCCCUCCCUUGCUGUACAUGCAGAGUAAAUGUUCUGCUGCUAAGGCUGGCCUUGCCCUCUUGUUAAUUUGCUCUGGAAGAGUCAUAUCUGGUAUGGUAGCUUUUAGGAGAAAUCAUUUCAAAAGAGGUGGUGCACAACUUGCUGCUUUGCUCAAGGAGUGCCCAUACCUGCCAGUAUUUGUUAGCUAAUAAAUCAGAGAAGAAGACCAGCAAGAGGAAAAUCCUACAUUAAAGCCAAGUCCCUUGAAGCUGCUGUCAGCACAAGGGCAACUUCAGAGGAAGGGCCCUACCUCAUUGCUUUGCAUUCAAAAGAUCCCAGGUUCAUUCCUCAGUGGCACCUGCAGGUAGGGCUGGAAGGGUUUUCUGCCUGAAACCUUGGACAAAUGCUGCCAGUCAGUGUAGACAGCACUGAGCUAGAUUGGCAAAAUGUUCUGAUUUGGUAUGAAGCAGUUUCUUAUAUUCUAUCUUCCCUUCACUCUUGUUUUCUUUUUUUAGCAGUACGUGUGUAAAUACUAUGUAGUAAGACUCGUAAUUUUUUUUAUAUAAAAAACCCACACCUCUGACCAGCUCUUAUGAAAGAUUAAUCUUAUUAUCUGCUGUAGCUCAGAGCAGGCCAAAGAGAGUGAGGAACCUGAGGUGGAAAAUCCAAAUGGUUUAUGUAUACCUUAAACUAAUUAAGAUAGCAUCGAGAAGUUUUCUUGCACUGGGCUCUUCCUGUUCCUUUGUGGGGCACUUUCUGUUCAUUCCAGCAGGGCUCAGCUGGGAGAGUGUUGAUGUACUUACCCAAAGGCCAGAUCUGUCUCUGCCUAUAGUACUUCAUGGCACAACAAAUCUCCUGCCUGUUCAGCAUUUGCCCACCUUCAAAGGAGGAUUAGCCAUGUGAGAUGGGUUGCCAGGUUUUUACCUUUCUGUUAUCUCAUGUGGCUAAACAUCCCCUGAAGUUCAGGGGCUAAGCACAUGGCAAAAGGGUGUGUGUGGAGUUCUGAGCUAGCCAAGAUUUCCCCCCUCAGUUGAGAACUACAUGCCAACCUUUUCCACAUACAUCACCCACUAUGAAGGAUGCUUCCUCACAUGAGAGAACCUAGGCAACUGAUAGCCCACCCUGUUCCAAAUGCUAGUACAGAGGUGCUCUGACAAGGCAGAGAGUUCACGCUCUCUUGCUGGGAGUGCAUGCAUGCCAGCAAGUUGAGCUGCAUGCUAGCAAAUCAGUUCUGUCCUGCUUUCUUUGCCUGGAGUGACACCUGGCCGGAACUUCUUGUCUUGUGAUUCUGUGUAAUGUGUAGACUAGCUUGCAGCCUGCUCAUCACUCCUGCCUUCACUAAGCAACUGAAUUAACAUCAAACCCAAAUCCUCCUUUGCUUUCAGUAGAAAGCGCAGUCAGUUGAAUGUUCACAGAACUGGUGUCAGACCUUUGUUCUCAGUACACAUGGGGCAGAUUGAGGGUGGGGCUUGCACCCACACCCCUGCUCCUCUGAAGCUUUAGCUUUCAAGUGUUCAGGGGACUUAGGAAACAAGCUGGAGGGCAGUUGUGGAUGAGGUCUAUCUCCUCAAGCUCUUGAUUUGACAAUGAAUCCCUCCUGUGGGAUGGAAUGUAAACAUUUGCUUAAAAGAUAAGUAUCUGAGCAAGACAGGGACACUGGGAACCAAAUGUCCAGAUUCGCAAAUCCACCCAUGUUAGAUUGCAUAGAUCUUUUAGGCUUGAUGUCUGCCUGAUUAAUGGCCCCAUUGACCCAAACACAACCAAUUGGCCAUGCAAGGUAACUCACCGGGGGCCUAAUAAGCCUCCAUGUUUUGGUAUCUGUGUGGGACUGCCAGUGAAGGAGCCUUGUCAAGCAGCUGCCAGGCCGGUCUCAUUUUGCCUCUUUUCUGAAUUGCUACUGCUCACAAACUAGAACUAUUAAUGAUCACACUGUGUCGCACACAGGUUUUCACUGUGGCCUGUCUUGGCCAAGUCUUCAAUGUGUUUUGGGUUAGGUUGGUGGCAUGGCAGGUCCCCCCACCCCCCAUUUUCCUUUUGAAUACAUCACCAAAGACAUCUUGUGAAGUUUGUUGUCAAAUGGUGUAACUCUUGUUGAUAAUGUAUUUGUGUAAAAAAAAAAAAACAACAACAACCAACAACUCUGUGUUAAUAAGAAUGUUCUUCUACAGAUUGUGUGUGUGUAUAAGCAUUUUGGUUUUUACAUAUUUAAUGGGGGAAAUUUAAAAAAGUAAAGAAAAACAUUUUUAUACAAGUGUGUACAACAGUUUGACUCUGCCUUGGUAAUUUGACCUGUUUGUAAAGGAUUUUUCAAUCUUCGUACUAUAUAACCUUUCCUCUGUCUCUUUUUAAAAUUACCAUCUUAUCUGAUUUGGUCUGUGGCUAAAAACAAUGAUUUGGCACACAGAAAUGACAGCAGGACAAUGGGGUUGCAGAAGCAUGAAAAGCUGGCUGCUUGCUCCUCUUUCUCUCUUCCUGUGGUCUUGUUUUUUGGAUUCUUGGCCAGUGGUAGAAUUACUUGCUUUGCAUUCAGAAGGUCUUGGGUUCCGUUCCCAUAUCUUCACUUAGGGCUGGGAAAGAUGCUUGCCUGAAACUGCAGAGCCACUGCUUGUCAGUGUAGAGAAUGCUAAGCUAGAUGGACCAUCGUCUGACUCAGGGUAAGGCAUCUUCCUGACUUGAAAGAUGUAGAACAGGGUGGCAAACCUGUGGCCCUCCAGAUAUUGUUGGACUACUGUCUCCAUCAUCCCUAACCAUUCACCAAACUGGCUGGGGCAGAUGGGAGUCCAGCAACAUCUCUGGAGAGCCAUAGGCUCCCCACCCCUGACCUAGAAUAAGGUUACCAGACGUCCCCAAAUUUACAAAUCAGUCCCCAUACAAAAUCCAUUGAAGUUGAAAAGUGUCCCCGGACUCAUUGGAAAAAAUCUGGUAACCUUAACCUAGAAGGUAGGGAAGGUUGACUUCAGUAGUGAAGCUAAUUGUAUUUUAGAAUUAUUUAUGCAGAAUGUGGUAGGAUCUUGGAUAUGGGUCAUGUUUUAGACACUUUCCCCACACUAAAGGGAGGGGGUGGAACCCUCACUGCACAUCAAAAAUUAGUUUUGAGGGGAAAUGUUUAGCAUGGCCUUUUUUCAUGGCUAGUUCACCAUGAAGAUUUUAAGUUGGGGAACAUUCAGAAAUUGGACCUCCCCCAGACAGUCUAAAGCAGUCCAACUUAGAAUUAUGCCAGCUCAUCUUGCACCCCUCAGUAAUGUGUCAGAUGGCUCUUAGGAAAGAAAUAAAAGUCCAUGUUGAUUUGUGUCUAUGGCUAUAACCCAGAACAUUGCCCACUGUAGCCCCUUCACCAAUACUGUUGUCUUCCUAAGACUAAGAAUAGCUUUGCCAAGGAAGACAUUCAGUAGUCCAAUGAGUAGAUGAAAGUCUGUACAAUCAAAGCUUGAAUAUUUGGCUGCAAUCCAAAGAGGUGAAAUGCAUCCAAAAGAGAGCAAUGUGUACAAAUACAUAGCUUUGACUUUUAAUUUUUAAUAGAACUGUUUCCCCAAUUGUUGAAGAGGCAAUCCACCAUGCAUGGUAAAAAGCUCUUUUUCUCUCCAGUCAUUGGAACUGUUGCUUGAUGAGCAAAGACUGAUUGUUUUCAGAGUUCUGCACUGUUUGCCUACAAUAUCUGCUGAUGCUUAUUUGAGGCUGAUUCUUUUUCUCCCCAUGAAGCAUAAUGUUUUUAUAACAAGAGGUCCAGAAUCUUCAUGUGUGAUUCUAGUAGGAAUUGUUGGGUGAUGUGGGACUGCUUUGGAGAGGCUUCUUUUCAGGUUUUGCAAUCUUGUGCAGUUCCAUUAAGAAUGGAAGUAUCUUUGGUUUCCUUUGGAUGGCAUUGGGUUUAAGCCAAGGAAUACUGGGAUUCAAGCUGGGAUUCCUGUUGCAAUGGGGCAACAAUUGGUUGGUUAGUGUUAAGUGGAGAUAGCGUUGGUACUAUCACUAGAGGAAUAGGCAACAUGAAUUCACAUGCUCUCAACCGCUGAUAUUCAGCUGGUGGGUCGGGACCCACUAGUGCAUUGUGUCCUGCUCCAACGUGGGUUGCAACAGGAGAACUACCACCAUGCAAACAUAUGAUGAAAAAUUAAGAAACUGGUCCCGAAAUGCAUAUUCAGGUUAAAAGUGGGUCUAAAAAGGUUGAAGAUACCUGCUCCAAGCCAUGCUGACUUCUAGUCUAGUGUGAUCUAGGGUUGGUUAGGGGUGGGUUUGCUUCACAGUCCAUUAGCAUGUGUUUAAAACUACAGGACUUCAGGAUGUCUUGCCAGAUAAGGCAUAACUAAGCUGUGCUAAGUGAUCCUGUGGAUGCACUCUUGCUUAAGAAUUUAAGAAGUCAUUUGCUGGGAUCAUAUUGAGCUCCAGCUAAGUCCAGCACAUUUGCGAAAGUCCCAACAAUCAGCAGGCGGCAGAUGGUCCAGUUCUUACCUCCCUCCAGAUUAAGAAUAAGUGGACAGUUUUUACAGUGGAGGGAAGGAAGAUGUGGAAUCUCCCCACAACCUGUACCGAGACCAGUUCCUUUUUUUAACUUGGUCAGAAGCGACCUGGAGUUAGGGAGUGAGCAGUGAGUUUGCAGAUCAUACCUUGUUAUUUUAGUGUUGUGAACAUCCAAAUGAACCCUGAAAGGGUUGCUUUGCAAAUGGGGUGAAAGAGCAACAAAACAGAAAGUUAAGAUUCAGUGUGGGUGUAAAGUGAUGUAUGCUGGAGCAAAUAAAUCUUAACGUUCUACACAUGCUGAGGGGAUUAAGAACAGUUAAUCAGGAAAGACAUUUAGGGUGCAUGAUGAAUAUAUAGAUCAAUGAAAACAUCAAGCCAGUAUGAGGCAGCUGGGGGAAAAGGGAAACUCCUUGCUAGGGAUUAUUAGGAAAGGAUUGAAAAAUAAAAGCUACAGUAGUAUAAUGCCCUUAUACAAAUCUAUGGUGUGGCCAUGCAUACAAUGCAGUGUAUGGUUAUGGUCAGUGAAUCUCAAAAAGAAGAAAGGGCAACCAAAAGCAACUGGAAGGUGGAGGACCUUCCUUAUAGGACAAAAUUAAAAUGUGGCCUUUUUUUAAAGGAAGAAAGAAGUGACUAAAUACUGUAAUCGAAGAAGAAGAAAAACCUUGCCUGAGAGUAAGCCCUACUGAAUUCAAUAGGGGUUACUUCUAAUGGAACAUGAUUAGGAUUGUACUGUAAGGCACAGAAUGAUGGGCUGCUUAAAUUGUACAGGUGUUUCUCCCUCCUUUGUAACACCAGAAGGGAUCAUAAAAAACAACAACAACAUUGAUUAGUGGUAGAUUCAGAAGACAAGAGUUUCUUCAUUGCAUGCAUAAUGCAACUUACGGAAUUGGCUGCCUUAGGAUUCAUUUAUUUUAUUCUAUUCCAUGUAUGUCCCUUCUUUCCUCCAUAGAGCUUACUGUGGCAUACAUGUUUCUCCCUCCCCCCUAAUGCUACAUAUAUAAUGCAGGUCAGAUUACCAGGUGCUGUGCCUACACUGCACAUCCGAGAUUUAUCUAUUUUUCUAUAGGUUUCAUUGUUGUUGUAUACAUUCAUGGAAAAUUUUUAUGGGCUGUUCUUUUUACUGUCUAUUUUUAAAAGAAAGGUGCAAUUUGCAGUUUUGAAAGGGGGGAAAGCAUUGGCUACUGCUUAUACAUGUGCAAAACAGUGGCGAGGGCGCAGCAUGCUGUUCAGAGGUCAUUGCUGGACUAUAAACGUGACAGCUAUCUUGGAAGAUUUUAAGUCCCCCUACCUUUUUCAUUCACACAUACCCCUUGCUUUUCUGGGCUCUAAUAUGCAUUUAAUAACUUUUUGUAACCCUUGUCGAAUACUGUUUUGUGGUGUUCUCUCUCUCUGUGUGUCUUUAUUUCUGCUUUUGAUCUGUAAAGGGUGUCCCAUUUUUUUCUUGCAGGUCAUCUUGGUUGCUACUUAAAGCUAAUAAACUUGCAUAUUCCCCCCUCCCCUUCCUUUUGGUGAAAACUUGAUCCACAGUUAGGAUGGUUCUCCCCUAGAUUUACAUUAACAGAAAAAAGGGAAAUGCUAAAUGCCAUGAAAUGUUUUCUCUGUUGAAUAAGGUAGCCAAGUUCCUUUUCCAUUUUUGUCUGGCUGGUCCUUUUUAGUAAACUAUGCCUCCUUGAGUUAGCUAUAGCCUUUCAUUCCGCAUUCAUUGGCAAGAAUGUGGAUUGACAUCAUGCUUUGUUAUGGGGGAAAUUUGGAUGAAACUUAAAACAUCUGAGUAUUCUUCCUCCCUCAAAGAUAAGAGGACUGAUUCUAAUAAGUAAAAAUCAAAUGCAUUCCAAUAGUUCUACUUUUCUUUGGAAGGAGAUCACUGCAAAGUCCUCAUAUGGCCUUGUAUCAGUUGAAGAGCACUGUUCACAUCUCAGUGUCAGUUCCUGCCAUUAUCUGUCUUUAUUGCACCACCUUCAGGCUUGUGGGGUAUACUUUUGCUUUUCACUGAGGACCAGCAGCUGAAGUCAGGUGCCACUGAACCCGGGAAUUUUGCUUUGUAGUGCAAAACCAAGUGGAGCUCCCAGUCCUUCCAUACAGAAAUGCACUCCUGGCUACCCCCAAGCUUUCUAACAUUUCUGCAGUACCAUUUAAGGCAGGGAGUAGAGUUGUUGUGUUGCUGCUAUUCUUAACCAGUUGGGAGUCAGAAAUCCUUGAGAUCUCCCAGCAGAUGCAGAUCCACCUUCUGCCUACCCCAGCCAUGAAAGUAUGCAAUGCAGGGCAAAAAGUGAUGCGGCAUUCGAAGGAUGACAGUGUAUUUCCUGCCACUGGGUUUUGAUAAACCUGUCCUGCAGCUUCUCAGGCAUAACUGGGGACAGGCUGACACUGAUUGUUUUACAGCUGAGGUGGUUUUAUCUCCAGGGCCAAUAUGGUUUUUGUUAUGCCUGUGCAACCAGUAAUGCAUCUCUGCUUUUUUGCAAGUGAGGAAUAUAAUUCUCUAUAUAUUCCCCCCUUAAAAAAACACAAGCCCAACCCUAUCUGUUGCACAAAUGGAAGAAAGAGAUUGAGGACUGGCUGACUGGCUAAUGAAACUACCUCUUAGCUGCAAAGCUGGGUUACACCAUGAAGAACCCAGCUGUAACAUCAGUCUUCACCUUUCACAAUGCUUGGAUACUCCUGCACUGACUGAAGAUGGGUGCAGUAACAUAUGGGGUUCCAACCACUUGGUCUUUCCUGUCCGUAUCCUUGUGUACCUAUUAAUACUUUCAGGGUCAUGCCUGGAGACUGAUGCAUGACUGUUUUGCAGAGCAUUUCCUAAGUGUAUGUCUCGUCAUUGCGUGUUUUCCUACAGGACCCUCAGUGUGGGGCGUUGCUUCUCCCAGUGUUUUUGAGGGGUCUCUUACCAGUUUCAGUUUUCCUGCUUCAGGUUACCUAAAGUGAGAGAGAAGGCACACAUUCAUAACUGAGAAUGGCAGGAAUUGAAAAUAAUUGUAAGAGGCCCCCCCCCUUUCUACCACCAAAAGGGAGUUGGUAUCUGCUUUGCAAAGCUGUGAAGAUAAUCUCCCUAUUUUUUGGGGGGGGGGGAAUAAUUUGAUAGUUCACUUGGUGCUCAUUUUCCAAAAUAAGUUAUAAGAGCUGGUCUGCCAUACUGGUUUGCUAAAAAUGGCUCAAAGCUCACCCCUGCUGCCACCUCUGUAGGUGACUACCUUCAGUUAUUCACUCUUGGCUGGCUCUUAAUCUGUGAUGAGUGGAUAAGAACGCUGAUCUACUUUACAGAGUUGCUCACACUCAUUGUGAAGAACAGAGAGUGGUUUUCAUCCUUGCUGCAACACUGGGCUAGGAGGAGAAACCUCCCACCCCAGAGCUGUCAUGGGGAUGAAAAACAUUGACUUAACUUUGUUAGAUCUGCUCUUUUGCCUGUUUCCUAAAGUCCUAAGACCUAACAAUAUUGCUGUGCCAGAAGAGGAUAAGCCCCAUUUGCUAGGUAAAUGGAGGUCCAAAGGGAGAGGCUAGGCCCCUAGUUUUUGCAAAGGGCUGGUGAGCCACUGGAAGUAGCUUCAUGGGCUGGAUACAGGCGUGUGGGCUUUGCACUCAUGUUAUGGGAAUUAGUGACAUAAUGUCUGUAAGAUGCUUUAAAUUACUGAAGCACUAGAAUUGUAUACUAAGUGUUCCUCCUAAGCCUUGAUAGGCUUAAACAUUCCAUUGUAGUACUGUAUUAUUGGGGCUGGUUUUGGUCAAUGGCUAAUGUUGCUGUUUUGGUACAGGGUUUACAUGUAAAGGCUUGAGAGGGAAGUGAUUUUAUGUACCCUAAUCCAGAGAAGAAGAUGCACACAUGGAUCUCCAAAUUAGGGAAUGUGGCCGUAAGGCAAAUCCAGAUGUCCACUCUGCUGCUUUCAGUAGGAUCCCCACAUAGCUGGAUCGGGGGGGGGGGGAGACUAUAUAGAGCAGUGGUGGAAUCCUGUGCCCCUCCAGGUGUUGUUGGACUCCCAAUCCACAUCAGCCCAGCCAGCAUGGCCAAUGGACAGGGAUGGUGAGAACUAAAGUCUAAUAAUAUAUGGAGAUUCAAGAUUCCCCACGUCCUGAGUUAAUUGGUGACCUAGGAUGCAUAGGCCCAGUUUUACUUCUUACCCUAGAACUUUGAAACCAUUCCUACUGAAGGCUGUAGGAUUUCUCACAAGUAAGUGGUUUCAGGUUUUCAGCCUCUCAUUUAAACACUGCCAGAUACUCAUUUAUGCGGUUUGAUUUAAACAAACUGUCACUCCAUUAUCCUCCAUUGCUGUGUCAGCUGGUUUAUGUUUUUGCUGAAGUUUCAUUAAUAUUGGUUUAUUUUAUUUUCAUUUUAUCUUCAAGUUUUUAAUGUGUUUUUCUUUGUUUUGCAAUGUAUGCCCUCCUUGCUGAAGUCUAAUAAAUAAAUCUGAGGGUUUUUAAAGAGACCAUCCUAUUUCAUUAGUGUCCUUUGAUUUAUUUCUUUUUACGGGAGCUCCUUCCUUGCUGAUGCCAUGGUCAUAAUCUUAACCAAAGAGGAAGAAAAAGGAGAACAAAACAGUUUGCAAUACGUCUUCCUAUCAGCAUUCACUAACCUGGUGCCCUCCAGAGGUUUUGGGACUGCUCCAAUAGGCAGAGCCUCAGUGCUAGUGCAUGCCAUGAGGCAUGGUAAAAAUAUUGGCAAUGCAAUAAAAACAUACACUGAACAAUUGCACAUAUAAGAUCAGCUCAAACAUUUGCAUAUAUAAAAGCAAACAUAUGGAAAUAACACAUCAAAUCACAAUACAAAUAAGAUAGUACCUGGGAUUUUAAAAAAUCACUUAGAAGAAUGUCUUCAACAGGUGUUGAAAGGACAACACAUGUCUGUCUGAUGUAUAAAGGGAGGGAGUUUCAAAGGGUUGUUGCCACCAUAGAGCCUGAUUCCUGUAUGGAACACUCCUCUUGAGAAGAUGGUACCUGCAGGAUGCUCUUCUUAGAAUCAUAGAGUUGGAGGGGACCACGAAAAUCAUCUAGUCCGACUCCCUGCAGUGCAGGAAUCUUUUUGCCCAACUUGGGGCUUGAACCCACGACUGAGAUUACCAAUCUUGUGCUCUACUGACUGAGCUAGCCCUCUCCUGCAUAACACAGCAAUCAGUUGGGUUAUGUAGAGAAUAGGCCCACCUUUCAGAUACUCUUUUCCUGAGCUGUACAGGGCUUUGCACACCUCAACUAGCACCUUGAACGUAACCCAGUAGCUGAAUGUCAGUCAGUGCAGUAGUAGCAUAGGAUGGUGGUUUUCCCACCAUCAAUGAACAGUUGAACUGCCAUAUCUUACAGUAGUUUCAUCUUCUGGCUCAGCCCCUCAUAGACCACAUUGUGGUUAUCCCACCUGGUGGCUACCAGAGCAUGGACAACAGUGGUCAUGUUAUCUCAGUCCAGAAAUGGUUGUAGCUAUUUUACUAAACAAAGCUGGUAAAAAGCACUCCUAGCCACUGAAGCCACCUGGACCUCUAGGGAUCUAGACUAUGAAUCUUCUCGUUUAGGGAGAGUAUGAUCAGCACCUCUGCAUUCCCAGGAUUCAGUGUUAGUUUAUUGGUCUUCCAGCUCACUAUAGAUUUCAGGCACCAGUUCAGGGCUACAACUGCAGUGCUACAGAGAAACAGAACUGGGUUUAGUGAGCUAAUGUAUACAAAAACUGCUUGGAAUGCAUGAAAGCAAUAACUGGCUUAUAAAAUGUAUAUAGGCUCUUGGUCUUGAACAAGUCACCAGGUUUUUGCUCUCAGACCUCACUGAACCAUGGAAGGCCAGCAACAACCCUAUGCAUUACUUGAGUAGUCUCCCUCCCCAUUUGAAAUGAAUGGUGUUACUGGGAUGUCACAGGUGCACACAGCAAAUGUGAUGCUGCCAACCAGGCUAGAAAUUUUAUUUCUAAAAAAAUCUGGGUAAAUAGUUGACAUGUGUAUGUACCUUUGUAAUGCUGUGUGCAGCGUUUUCCAUUUUGAGUAGCAUCAGACCCUAGAAGUGUGUGUGUGUGCUUUGCAGGGAGGGAGGAGCUGACCGUUAUUGAUUUGAACAUGAAAGCUAGAACUAAGCCAAGUGUGUCUUUGGCCAUAUGCACCAAAAAAAAUCAAACUGGGGGAGGGGGCUAUGACAUCCGCACUAAGCUCCACUGCAACAGUAUACAGAAUACACUCCUGUAUUAUAAGAACAUAAGAAGAGCCUGCAGGAUAAGGCCAGUGGUCCAUACAGUCCAGCAAGCUGUUCUCGCAGUGGCUGAACAGUUGUCUGUGGAAAACUCUCAAGCAGGACAGAAGCACUCUCCGCUCCUGUGGUUCCCCGCAACUGGUAUGUGGAAGCAUUGCAGGCAGAGCAUAGCCAUCAAUAGCUCUCCAUGAAUUUUAUCUAAUUCUCUCUUAAAGCCAUUUAGGUUGGUGGCCAUCAGUGCCUCCUGUGGGAGUGGGUGCCAUAGUUUAACUGUGAUGCAUAAAGGACUUCCUUCCCUCUGUGCUGAAUCUUCCAAAGUUCAGCCUCUUUGCACGCCCACAGGUUCUAAGGUUGCAAGAGAGGAAGGAAAACUUUUCUCUGUCCACUUUCUCCAUGCCAUGCAUAAUUUUAUAAACCUAUAUCAUGUCACCUCUUACUCGCCUAAAGUCCCCAAUACUGCAGCCUUUCUUCAUAGGUGAGUCACUCCACCCCCCUUGAUCAUAUUGAUUUCCCUUUUCUGAACCUUGCAAUCGCACUGCUGAGUUUAAGCAACUCUCUGUUUACAGGGUUUAGGAUAUGAGCCUCUGCUUUUGGCCGCAAGUGGAUUUAUUGAGGCAGUUGAUGCUGCUGAGAGGACACCAGAUGUGUGUGCAGUGGCUGAUUCCAGGUAAAAAACACAGAUUAGCAGAUGCUCUUGGCUUCCCAGUUGUUUUAUUCUUACUGAACAUCAUCUGGGAGUGGGUGUUGUAAUCAACUAAAAGAAAAAAGCUUAAUUCCAUUCCAACCCCUUAAAAAAAAAAAAGCCUUCUAAGCUUAGCUUGGCUAUUCCUGCUAUUUCUGAUGUUCAGGCAUGGCUGCUGGUACUUACAGAGUCAAAGCUGCAUCAGCCACACACAGAAGAAAUACCAGGCUUGGAGGGGUUUUGCAGAAGUACAAAACAUAAUGAGAAGAAAAAAACAUAUGGAGGGGGAACCCCCAAAGUAGCCCAGUGAGCAGGGGAGGCUGGUCCAUUAGGACGAAUGGGGCAUCCAUCCAUUCAUUCAUUUCCUAACAAUUGUACACUGCUUGUAAAAACAAGCAAACCUGAAAACUGUUUACAAAAAAGAUAAAACAAUCAGUAAGAAUAAUUAACAACAACGAUUUAAGACUUCCAAAAUGUUAUUUUUUUUUUAAAAAAACCCUAAAAUAGAUUAAAGUUCACACCAACUUUCUGAUCAUCUGGGUAGCCUUAUCUAAACAAAAAUGCUUUUAUCAGCCACCAAAAGGUGUACAGUGAAGCUGUACACCAAAAGGUGUACAGUGAAGUGUAGGUGCUGCCACAUGAAAAGAUUGAGUUCUUACAAAUGUAGAAAGAGUAUUAUGUGGCACCUGUAACAGUGCUGGUUCCACUGAUCAAAACAGCAGAGUGGGCAUGUUAUGGGGGUAAGGCAAUCUCUUAGGUAAAAUGCUCCUAGUGCAGAAUGCACAAAAAUACAUUUCCUAACACCUCAAAUUUGGCCAUGAAGCAAACUGGCAAGCGGUGCAGAUCUCUGAGCACGUGUUACAUGUUGACAAGGCCUCACUUCAGUCAGCAACCGUGCUGCAGCAUUCUGUACUAACUGCAAAUUCCAGAUCAAGCUCAAGGGAAGCUCCUCAUAUAGCAUAUUGCAGUAAUUCAAUCUUGAAGCAACCAUGUCAUAAAGUGGGCAUUGACCUAUCAACUUUAGCCUGGCCUCAGCUAGCUCCCACCAGCCUGCCUUUUGCCUUACAACCAGUCAGGGUGCAGCUUCAGAAUGGUGGGCGUGGAGACACUUCUUCAGGUAUACUCGGCCGAGGCCAUUUAGGGCUUUAAAGGUCAGCACCAACACUGAAUAGUGCUCAGAAAUGUGCUGGGAGACAAUGCAGGUCUUUCAGGAUCGGUGUUAUAUGGUCUUGGCGUAAACACAUCAGUGCAGGAAUAACCUUUUUUUUAUAUAACAGUUCUAAAAAGCUUUGCUGUUUAUGUACUUUCACAGUGAUUCAGAGUCUUAAUUGGGAUGCAGUCUUAAACACCCAGUUAUUGAAGAAGAGCAAGUCACUCUGUACUUUGGAGGAACUUAUGUCUGAAUAAAUAUGCUGAGUUUCUUCAGAGUAUGGAUCUGACAUUAAAGAAUGUUUGCACUGCAUAGUACAAAAUCAACCUAAUGACUGAUUGUCCAUCUGUGGAAUUUUUUAUAUUCUGAGCCAGAGAAGAACUUCUCAGAGGAAUUUGUAAUACAUCUGAGCCUUACAAGAUCAGCAGAAACAUAUUUGGAACCAAGGUGAUUCUGAACUUUAGCGGCAUGGGUUGUUAUACACAAAUAGCAGCCCAACAUGAAGGGGAAGGGUUGUUUCUCAGUGAAAAUGCAUUUGCUUUUUUUUUUUAGUUUUUUAUGGAGAUUUUCACAAAAAAACAGAAAACAUAGAACAGAAGAAAAAAAGGCAUAUAAGAAUAGACAUUGAACACUCUUAUCUAUCAGUGUUUAGUGUCAUUCACUUAUUUACACUGCGUUAACACGCAUCGUGACCUCCCUCCCCUCCUGCUGCGGUUUUCUUACAUUUUUUCUUCUCCUGCAGUUUCUAUGUCAAAAAUUUACGCAUAACAAGGAUUAUGUUAAGCCUGCUGUAGUUUUUAAUUUACCACAAUUACUCUCAAUAUAGGUCACAAAUUUACUCCAUUCUUCAUUAAACUUUGUUUCUUUUUGGUGUCUGAUUUUGUUUGUCAUUCUUGCCAAUUCUGCGCAUUCGAAUAAUUUUGUUUGCCAAUCCGUAAUUGUGGGAAUUUCCACUGAUUUCCAUUUUUGAGCUAUUAAUAUCCUAGCUGCCGUUGUCGCAUACUGAAAUAAGUUUUGGUCUUUUCUUUUGAUUUCAUCCCCAAUUAUUCCUAAGAGGAGUGCCUCUGGUUUUUUUUGAAAAGGUGUACCUAAAAAUUUUUUUUAAUUCAUUAUAAAUGAGCGCCCUUUUUUUUUUUAUUUUGUCACACGCCCACCACAUGUGGUAAAAAUCCCCCUCCUUCUGCUUACAUCUCCAACACAUUUUGUUUCCGCUUUUAUACAUUUUAUCAAAUUUUACCGGUGUGAUAUACCAACGAUACAUCAUUUUCUCUAGGUUUUCCCUUAAUGUGACACACCCUGUGAAUUUCAUUCCUCUGUUCCAUAACCUCUCCCAUUUUUCGUACUCUAUAUUAUGUCCUAAGUCCAUGGCCCAUUUUGACAUUACCUCCUUUACUUCUUCGUCUUUUGUGUCCCAUUCUAACAACAAAUUAUACAUCUUAGCUAACAGUUUGGUUUUCCCUUCUAAUACCUCUGUCUGGUAUCUUGAUUUUUUCUCGUUCAUCUCUGAUUUUUUAUCCUCAUUCCAAAGUGCAUUUAUCUGAUGGUAUUGCAACCAGCCUGUUAGUCUGUCUUUCAGUUCAUCAUAUGGUUUAAUCUUCCAACCUUUUUCCGUUUUAACCAGUAUGUCUUCAUAUGUUAGCCUUUUUGCUUCCAUAUUUACCUUUUUUAUUGUUAGAAUGUCUGUCGGGGAUAGCCACCAAGGAGUGUUCUUUUCUAAAAGUUUCUUAUUUUCCCCCCAAAUUUCAAGCAAUGCUCCUCUGAAAAUAUGAUUGGAGAAUCCUUUAUGGACCUUUCCUUUAUUGAGCCACAGGUAAGCAUGCCAACCAUAUCUAUUGUUAAAGCCUUCUAAGUCUAACAGAUCUAAAUUCUCUAGGGUAAUCCAUUCUUUAAGCCAAUAUAGGCUGGAGGCCUCAUAGUAUAAUCUUAGGUUUGGCACAGCAAAGCCCCCUCUUUCCCUCCUGUCUGUUAAUAUUUGAAAUUUAAUUCUUGGCCUUUUUGCCUGCCAUAUAAAUUUUGAAAGACUUUUUUGCCAUUCCUUAAAAAUCACGGAUCCCCUAAUCACCGGAAUGGUUUGAAAUAAGAACAGCAUUUUUGGGAGGAUAUUCAUUUUGAUUGCCGCCAUCCCUCCAGACCAUGAAAGUUUUAAUCUAUUCCAUAUUUCCAGAUCUUUUUUAAUCUCUUUCCACAUAGGUGUAUAAUUAUCACUAAUUAGAUUGAUAUUUUUUGAAGUUAACCAUAUACCUAAGUAUCUGACUUUUUUUGAGACCUUAAUUCCACAUUCCUGUUCUAUGUUCUCUUUUGUAUUCCUAUCUAUAUUUUUCACCAACAUUUUAGUCUUUGUUUUAUUUAGUUUGAUACCUGAUACCUUACCGAAUUCAUCUAAUUGUUCCAACACUUUACCGACGCUUAUUUGUGGUUCUUCUAAUGAUAACACUAGGUCAUCUGCAUAAGCUUUCAACUUAUAUUCCUUUGUUCCGACUCUAAUGCCCCGUAUCUCUGGCGUGUAUCUCACCUUAUUCGCUAUGACCUCUAGAACCAUUAUGAAUAGUAAAGGGGAGAGAGGGCAACCUUGUCUUGUUCCUUUCAUAAUGCUAAAUGUGUCUGUCACAUUGUUGUUAACAAUUAAUUUAGCUGUUUGGUUAGAGUAGAUCGCCUUUAUACCUUCUAUGAAGUUGCCCUCUAUCCCCAUUUCCUCCAUAGACUUUAACAAAAACUGCCAUGAAACGUUAUCGAACGCUUUUUCAGGGUCUAUAAACAGUAAGGCCACUGGUACUUCAUUUUUAACUUCUAGGUAUUUUAUGAUAUUUAUAAUAUGUCUGACAUUGUCCUUUAACUGUCUAUUUGGGAGGAAUCCAGCUUGGUCUUUAUGUAUGACAUCUUUUAAGCAAUUUUUGAGUCUGUCUGCCAUUAUUCCCGCAAAAAUUUUAUAAUCAUUGUUCAGCAAUGAGAUAGGUCUGUAAUUUUUUAUAUUUAAGCUGUCCGUAUCAGGCUUGGGAAUCAAGGUUAUAUGUGCAUCUUUCCACGUGUCUGGUAAGUUCCCUCCUUGCAAAAUUCUAUUCAUCACAUCACAUAGCACCGGGAUUAGUUUAUCCCCCAGUGUUUUGUAAUAUUUGGCCGAUAACCCAUCUGGGCCUGGGGCUUCACCCAGCUUCAUCUUAUUUAUCACCUCUUUUACUUCUUCUUUCAUAAUUGGUUUGUUCAGCUGUAUUUUUUCAGAAAAUGCAUUUGCUUUUUAUGUAGAUAGUCCUCAUUUCAGUUCCUGGCAUUUCCAGGUACUGCUGGGAAGGGCUCCUGCCUGAAACCCUGAAGAGCUGCUGCCAGUCAGUGCAGACAGUUCUGGGCUAGUUGGACCAAGGGACUGACUUAGUAUAAGGAAUCUCUGUAUGUUCAUAAAAGCCAUCACUUUGAGGGUUUGUUAUUAUUGUUAUUAUUUCUAAUUCAUGUGGGGAGAGUAGUCAUUUUAAUUUAAUAUUUUAGGGUCCUCGUUCCACUCUCUCAGUUUCAGGGUUUCCCCAACAGUCAUUUGCAUAAAAUGACUUUCAGCUUUAUUUGGUAUGCAGAUCUUCAAGAAAGCACAGAGAAAUAAGGAUCUGGGUGUUUUUUUCUGUCAGGUACCCAAUUUAUGAGCAUAAAGAGGAAAAGUGUGGUGUCAGUAUUAUAAGCAGUCCUUAAAAUCACUAUGGCUAAGCAGUGUAACCCAUUUUGACCCGAUAUCCCCUCAAUUGGAUCUGUGUAAAGCCAUUACCAAAGGCAGCACCUGUCACCAGGUAUUGAGAGAAAAGCUGAGAUCCUCUCCUGUAGGGACCUGGGGGUCAGGUGGCAGUGGAAGAGGUUGUUUGUGUGCCUUUAGGGAGCCAUGACAGUGAUAUGCUAUCCAUCUUGCUGCAUGAUCUAAUUAGGCCUAAUUCAAUUUAAGGAAGUGACAGGAGGGCAGGGGCAAAACUAGAAAAAAAAGGCAGGAGGGAGGUAUAAACAGACAAAGAGUGAUUGGCGGGCAAUUAUGACUUGGACAGAAUGAAGGCUGAGAUUAGGAGGGUAAGUGGCUGUAAAAAUUAAGUGCAAAAUUGAAUUGGGUAGUGGCCCAACAGGGACAGCUUCUCUGCCCUCCCUUAAAUUACAAGUGGGAGGUGGGAUAUUAUAAGGUGAAAUGUCUCACACAUACAUGAAAUGGUAGAAACUAUUUCUUCUCACAAGUGAAACAGAGCAAACUUUCUAUGAGGCCUUGAUUAAAAAAUGGUAGAUUACCAUUCACAACAUCAAAUUUCUUCAGAGCAUGGGUUUUGAUCUGUUUGGUUUGUUUGUUUAUUCAUGGGGAGUGUCUAGCACUUCCCGGAAAUUUGUAGAACCCUAAAAGUAUUGUGUUUUUUAAAUGGAUAGUUAACUUGUAGGAGUUUGGACCUGUAACACCAAAAAUCAGGUGAAGUUAUGUCAAGGUCACAUUUAGGUCUCCCAGCUUGAUUCAAAAUGGCAGCCGACAUCCAACCUCCACCCCCACCUUGGGAACUACCAUGCUGAGUUUGGCAAUGAUAUAUCGAGAUGUGUCUGAAUCUACAGAGGACAAACGGACAAACUACCUUUGAAAAUAUAUAGUAGAUUUCCAAUUCUGAAUUGCUUCCUUGCCUGUCUUUUUACGUGCAUCCAACCCAUGGGUAGGCCCUAGUUGUCUACUUGUUCAUGCAGUGCAUAGUUGAACUAUAGAUCUCACUCCCACAGGAAGCAGUGAUGGCCAUAAUCUUGGGUGGCUUUAAAAAAGAGGAUUAGACAAAUUCAUGAAGGAUAAGGCUAUCAAUGGCUACUAGCCAUGAUGGCUAUGCUCUAGCUUCACUGCUAUGUUCUGUAUUCGGAAGCAUUCAGAACCACAGAAGAGGGGAGUAGUCUUGCACUCAGGUCCUGCUUAUGAAUCUCCUGUUUGCAGCAUUUGGUUGGCCACACUGAGAACAGGAAGCUGGACUAGAUGGGCCAUUGGCCUGAACCAGCAGGACUCUUCUUAUAUUAGGUUCCUCUUCUUAUAUUAGGUUCCUUAAUGCUGGGUACAACAUUCAGGUAAGUAGCCGUGUUGGUCUGACACAGUCAAAAUAAAUAAAAAAUUGUCCAGUAGCACCUUAGAGACCAACUAAGUUUGUUCUGAGUAUAAGCUUUCGUGUGCAUUCACACUUCUUCAGAUACACUGAAACAGAAGUCACAGAUCCUUAUAUAUAGUGGGAGGGUGGGGUGGGGUUCUCCUGCUUGCUUUCUUCUGGCACCAUUGACUCUUAGUCUCCUUUUCUUCUGCCCUGCCAGUCAAAAUAAACACCAGGCAGCACCACCCUCCACAUACCCCUACCUCUCUCCUCUUCUAUCCAGGCAAGGAAGAGGCGUUGUCACGGUUCAAGGACACAUUCCAAGCAGCCAAAGGGCUCAAGGAGGGUGCAGAGCAAAGCUGAUGAAGGGGGUGGGCUGGGAAGAGUGGUCUGGAGGCCUGGGCAAGAGGUCCCCCCCAAUGAAAUGGUAGAUAUACACACAUGUUUUACUCUACUUAAAAAAUAAAUAAAUUGAGAGCUUCUGCUACUGACAGUGAAAUCCUAUGCAUGUCUCCGCAGAAGUAAGUCCUAUUGACUUCAGUAAGUCUUAUUCCCAAGGAUGCAUAGGAUUGCCAACUGAAUUUAUUAUUUGGGCAGUCAUUUAUACAAUUUAUUUUGCAGUAGUAUGUAUUGACUUAUGAGUCUGUGGCCACUGCGGUGAAACCAGACACACUGCCCUAAAUCCACCUCUGCUUGCAGCUGCCCACCUCCCCCAAGAAGGGGGUAUUUGUAACUAUUCAAUAGCCAAUCCAGCUCAAGGGGUCCAGGGUUGGUUUGUUUAGGAAAAGCUGCCCCACUGCAUAUUUCAAGGCAGUAGGCACCAACGCCUCACACAAAUCAAUCAUUAGCCACUCUCUGGACCCAACCAACCCCCACACUUUACUGGACAGCUAUAAGAGAGAGCAAUCUAGGCUGCUUUGAACCACCUGGUUUCAUAACUUUAAUAUAAUUGUCUGUCUCACAAUGGAACUGUGAUCAUUGCCCAAAAGAGCAAAUCAACUUACAAAAAUGACCUUUCAUUCUCUGCCAGAGAUUGAUGCAAUGGGAAAUUAUAGCAGCCACGUAGAUGCUGCUGUUAUCUAAUUAACUUGUGAUGGAUGCUCAUUGUGGGAGUUAUUUAAACUUGCUUCAUGGAGGGACAGGUUCUGAGGUUCACAGCAGAUGAAAAGCAAGAAUUCUGGAGAACCAUUUCAGUGAUGCAGAGAAGAAAAGGGUAUGGUGGAUCACUGAUAACAUCAGGUUGCAGUGACCCAGGCUUUAGUUGUUUUCACAAUACUUACGGUAUUAAUUCACCAGAGCUUUAGGGUGGGAUAUAAGAGUUAAAAACGACAACAAAAGCCUUUCCAAGAAAAGGUCAGCUGAUGCAGUAAAAGGGUGUGGGGAACCUUUUCUCCUGUUUGGGGUGGGAGGUUGCAUUUCUUCAGAGGCAAUCUGCAAGGGGUUAUGAAAUGUAUCACAAAGAGGUGAUCAAACAAAGGAUGCAUAGACAAGAAAAAUUUAAUGCAAACUGUGCAGUGGGGAGUUUCUUGUAGCACAGAACAGAAAUGAAAUGCACAGUGCUGGUGAACAGACUUGGGCAGUUCCUGGUAUGGCCAGACAAGAGGGUCUACAUAGUGCAGGUUUCAUGCAAAUGAUGGGCAGGGUUAAAGCCAACAACAGGCAGGAAAACUGCCCCCCACUCUCUCUGCCCCCCUCCUUCUCUCUUGCUCUUUCUUUUUUUCAUAUUUAUUGAUCUAUUAAUAAAAAAGAAACAGAGCAGAACAUAAAUAUUUUUAUGCUGGUUUUAAUGCAUGUACGAGUUUGGUUUUCUGCUUUAAAAUGCUUUAAGUAACUUUAAGUUGCCAUGGCAAAAAAAAUUGUGACUAAUAAAUUUAAUUAACAAUAAUAGAAUUAGAUAUGUUAGGUAAGAAACAAUUUCUACAAAAGAAAACAAAAAUAUUAUGAAUGCCAAAUUUCCUUGUAUGGUAUAGGCAGGGAAUUUUGCACCUUUGAGUUUGAAGCAUAAUAAAUAAAGUCCCCAUACAGAAGUGUUAUGCAUGUGAAACAGACUAACUAGUUAAUGUUUAUCAGAAAGAAGUGGACCAAAAUAAACUAAGAAGAAACAAGGUAGGUGGCAUUCAUGGAAUCAUGGAAUUGUAGAGUUCGAAGGGACCGAUUCUCAUGCUUUGAGAAACUCCCUGAUUUGAGAAUGCUUUGAGAAACUCAUGCUUUUAAACUCCCUGAUUUAUUUUGAAAACCCCAAAGGAUGCUGAAGCAAAAUGUCACAGAAUAGCAAGCAAACAUCUGAGUCCAUCAGAAAUCUUCAUCACACUGGAUGUUAAGCAAAGUGUAAGAGGAGGUGAGAGGGAAAAAGCCUGGCAUGGUGUUGUAGCCAUAAUUCCAAGCACUGGUGAAAAAUUCACUUUUGCUGCAUAGUCUUUGAAGCCAGUGGUGGUUGGUUCCCAUUGGGACUGGAUGGGUGGAGGGCAGGGAGACCAAUGGUAGGUGGAGCAACAGACAGAGCCAUCCUCCUCGAUUGGUUGUAAGAAAGAAGACAGACAGGUGGGAGCUGGUUAGGGCCAUCUGAGGUUGGUGGUGCAGGGCCCCAUUUGCCCAAAUGGGCCAACAUCCACUGGGCACAGCUAUAGGGGUGUGGCUGUAAGGGUUGCCAGGAAGAGCUCCUGCAGUUCAGGAUUUGCCACUGCACUACUGCUGGUGCAUUGCUCUGUUCACAAACACAGCAGGAUUGUAGAUCAGGCCCACCACCUACUCACAUCCCCUGAUCCUAAGACCUCUAAAUAUCACCCAAAUUCCUUGUGGUAUUAUUGUCCCACCUCUCCUUUGCUCAGCUUGCCCACUUAGGCUAGUAAGUCCAGUGAGACGUAAAAACAUCACCUUUUGCUGGGAUUUCUGCAUUGCAAGGAGUUGGACCUGAUUCCCCAUUGGAUCCCUUCCAACUCUACAAUUCUUUGAUUCUAAAUGACAACAGUCCCCCCAAUAGAUUAGUGUAAGCUGCUCCAUUCCCCACCUCCCACAAAGGUCCAAGAUAUAGAUAUUCAGUUACAGAGGCACAGAGACGGGGGGAGAGGGGACGACAACCAAAUCACAUGUUGUGUUAGUCACAUUUAAAAAUACACGCUUAACCUGGCCGCUUUUAUUUUGGAGACAAAGCAACCCAGGGCCCCGAUCUGGAAUGUGUUCCUAGUUGGAAUCAGCCCACAUCAAUUUUCUGCUAAAAAUUACCCCUUAGUUGUUUGCUAUUGCCACAGAACAUGGGGUGGGGGGUGGGGGAGCUGUCCAACAGGAAGUUAUUUUCAGUAAAAACGUGGCAUGGUUGUACCAAUUGGGAGGAAGUACCAGAAUGAGGCCUUGCAGCUGUUUCUUCUCAAAAAUGAAAGUGGCCAAUUGAGCAUGGUUAUUUUAACAUGUGUUUAACAUCACAUGUAGUUUGGUCCACAGAGGCAAUAACAGAACAGAACGCACACCCUGCAACAUAUGCAUGUUUGUAGCAGCCAUAAUUAUGUCAGCUCUCUUGAUUUCAAGUUCUCUAGCAUACACUCCAGCAGGAAUACAAGAUAUAGUCCUUGCAAUUUCUCUAAGGAGCACUUUUAGUGAAUUCAGUAGGAUUUCUGAGUAAGUAUACAUUGCAAAGUCAUUUGAGGAAAGUCUCCUUAUACGUGAUGGGCAGAAUUAAUGCACUGAAGUUUUUUAACCUGUCUGUGGUGAUACCUGCAGCACUAGCCAUAAUGGUGAUAACUCUUCCAGGAGAUGCCCUUCAUAAACCUUUACAUCAAACCACAGAGAUGCAAAAUUGAAAUUGCCAUAGCAACACUAUCUGCCAGCAUCUGAUACUCCUUUCUGUUGAAAGCUGUUUGUUCCUUGCUGCCUCUAGAGGAUGACAGUAAAAAAACCCAAAACCCUCAAUGGCUUUCAUGAGGAAUUAAAAUGCACAGCAUUCUCUGGGUUUAUUUUUAAUCUCUUUAUUUUUAGUGCACAUCUAGGGCAACAGUCUCUUUUGUGCUUCAGAUUUAAAUAAUAAUAAUGGAGGCACGUGCACGCACGCACACGCGCACAUUUGCAGGGUGGGCAUAGGAUGUGCAAACUAUUCUGGAUGACAUUUUUGGUAUGAGAAUGGAAAUGUUUGGGGGCAAGCUUAAAUUCUUUGGUGGUAAUGAAGAUCCUAUCUAGACAUGGUCAGAGGCACCCCUGAGGCUAUUGGAGAACAUCCACCGAAGGGUAAGAAUGUGAAUGAAAAUGUGACCUAAAGUUGGAUGGGUCUUUGCACACUAUGCAGAAUUCAUUCAUCUCCUAAACCUUGGAGAAUGUAUCCCCAAUUACCCAAGACUUACAUUCCAACUUGGUUGACUUUUUUGACAGGAAAUGUGCUGGUUGUGGCUAAUACCAAAAUUCAUUUUCUCUCUCUCUUUCCCAGGCCUAUACAUUUAGCAGUCAACGCCCAAUGCAAGAUGUGUUGGUUGUUAGGCAUUCAAAUAGCCUUGCGAGUGGGACAAGUAGAAUGAUGAUUGACAUCUUUAGGAGGGUAAGGGGGCAAUUGCUGCCCUUUCCCAUAAUCCACAGAUUCCCAGAUGUCAUUUAGAGGCUGCAGUGGGAGCAAAGGUGACAUUCAGCUGAGUUUUACUCAGAGUAGACCCAUUGACAUAAAUGGACAUGACUGUCCAUUAAUUUCAAUAGGCAUACUCUGAAUUGAAUCCUACCGUGAAUUUGUAGCCCUUGUAGAACCCAAGAAAAGAGGCAAAAUAUACAUGUACUGUACUAUUCUGCUCAUUUUUAAAAACAUGAGAAAUAUAUUAUUAUUAUUCUGAGUGCAGCUGCAACAAGGUAGUAGUGUACCUACUCCCCAAACUAGUUUGCAACAGAGGCAAUGAUGUUUCCAACUCUGAUCUUAUUUCAUACAAGAAAGUGUAGACCUUGUAAGCAUUAAAAAAAAUUACCCUAGCAAUGCCAGCACAGAGAAAGUCCAUUGAUAUUUUACUAAUAUUGUAGGGAGUGGGGUGGGGGCUGAAAGAAUGGGGAUUACACCAGCCCAGCAAAACAGUCCAGUCUUGUUAUAACCCACUUUACUGCAGACAGGGGAAAGUAGUGUAUUAUGACCCUGCAGCACACUCCAGUAUUGUUAUCCAUUCUCCUGGCAUAUUGUUAGGGCUUUGUUUGUUUUUUAGGGAAAUGUGAAUGGUGACUUUAUAAAGUUAGUUGUAGCUGCAGAGCCAAUUAAGGGCUGAAAGCAGGUGAGCAAGUUGGGGAAAAUGCACUGAAAAAUUAUGGGAUGAAUGAGUGAUUAACAGGAAGACACGCACACACACCUUGCAAGCAAAUCAGGAUGGCUGCUCAUUGUCGUAUAACUACUCUGAAAACAAUCCAAUAAAAUGCUCUGGAUAAAGACAGUGAAAUAUACUCAGAGUCGCAAAGUGAUUUCAUGCUCUUUAUUCAGCUCAUAGUGGUGAGGAGGAAUGAAAGUCCCCUCAAAGUAUCUGCUUUAUACUGUAUACAUUAUUUACACAGUGGGCUGCACAUGAUUGGCUAAUUCUGGAAUUCUACUGUAAGCCAAUCAGGUUGUGGAUUCACUUAUAUCUGGAGCAUGAUUGGGUGGUUUCUGCCAACCAAUCAUACUGCUGCAUUGUUCUAGGACCAAUCAGACUGCUGCAUUCUGAAUCCUAUUGUUCUAGGACCAAUCAGACUGCUGCAAUUUGGAUCCUAUUGUUCUAGGACCAAUCAGACUGCUGCAGUUUGGAUCCUAUUCAACUCAGUACAUAACAGACAGGAUACGGUCUGACAUUCUGUGUACGCAAAUCAGGAUGAAUGCUUAAUAAGCAGGUUGUCUGAAGGAGCCUUAAAACUCAGGAAUCAUCCAAUGAAGCAAAACAGUGGGAGAUUCAGAACAGACAAAAGGAAGUAUUCCACACACGCACCCCCCCCACAGCACAUGGUUAAUUUGUGGUAUCUACUGUGAAAUCAGGCAUAUGCUUUGUAUUCAAAAGUUCCCAAGUUAAAUCUCUGGCAAUGCCAAUACUUUAUUUUUAAAAACUGAAAUUAGUCCGUAUUAUGAACUCCAAAAGGAAAUACGUUAAGGGGAAGCUUUCAUUUCACAAAAUUCCAACUUCUACUUGGUGUUACGGCGACCCCUAGUGGCAAUGUUGCAUUUCUGUCCCUGUCUCUGCUUCUUAGCUAUUGUUAAAUAACCAGCAAAUAAAAUCGAAAAACAAAAAUAUAUUGGUCCAUAAUCGGGGAGCAGGCGGGACACUUUAGAAUAAACAAUUGAACAAUAAAUUUAUUCGGAUCAACCAAAAUACCACAAAAGAGUGCACAAUUUUUAGUUCUCGGAUACGCUUCAACAGGCUAUAUGUUACACAAAAUAGGGCUGGAUGAGGGGGGAAGUAUUUAUUGAUUUAUUAAGGUAUCUUUAUACCACCCUUCACAGUCAUAGAAUCAGAGUAUUGUAGAUUUGUAGACGGGACUUCAAGGGUCAACUAGUUCAACCCCCUGCAAUGCAGGAGUCUCAACUAAUUUGUUCCCCCCCCCCCUUUUGUUUUUCCCCUCUCAACUGAUUUGUUGAUAGUGUUUUAUAGACUGCAAUCUUCUGUACUUGCAUCUUGUGAUGCUCAGGUACAGUGACAGCUUUCCCAUCUAUCAAUGGUAUCUGGGCAGUUUGCUCCACAGAUCUCUGUCAUACACAUGUACGCACAUAGCUGUCAACUUUUCCCUUUUCUUGCGAGGAAUCCUAUUCAGAAUAAGCUAAUUUCCCUUUAAAAAAGGGAAACAUUGACAGCUAUGUGUACGCAAACCAUUGCACACAGAAGGGAGGCCCACCUCACAACCAGGACCAGUGCCCAGGAUCAUGCUCUUGGCUGUUCCGUUGUGGGGUGUGAACCUCCUUGCUCUAGCCAGGCUUCUGUGCUCUCUGGUGGUGUCUUCAGGAUACUUGUUGUUGUUUUUACACAUAUAUGCAACAAGAGCAUAGGAUAGAGUGGCUCACAGCAUUAACACUGCAAAAGUUCUUGCUUCCCCAUUAGGUUUCCCUGGAAGCCCCAAGCUCACUGUCUUUUGUCCAGCAGAGAGUAAUCAUGCCUCAGUGUCUCCACCUCCCAGCGUCAGCCAAAACUCUUUCUCAUACACGUACACUCCUGGGCCUUUCGAUCCCCAAAAGGCAUUCAGUUUGAGGCAGCAAAUGUCCGCCCCCACCCUUUUGUCUCUAUGGCAACAAAGCUCACUUUUUAAGAUGUGGAUGACAGGUACUUAACUGAGUGGUGAAGACACCUUGACAAAGAAACUGAUCUAACAGGUUCCUGCUUACAAAUUCUACUGCCACUGAUACAGGAUUGCAGCUUUGGAAGGGAUGAUAGGUAUCAUCAAGACACAUCUGCCUAGACUCACAACAGGCAGUUAAACCCUUAGCUGUGUAUGCUUAGGAUUGCCAUAUGUCCAGAAUUUCCCACACAUAGCGGGAUUACUGCAGUCAGAGGGAGUGUCUGGGCAGAAAUUGCUAAAAACAUCCAGGAAAAUCCGGACGUAUGGCAACCCUUGUGGGCAGUGUCGCUUUUGGCGAUUUCCCUUUAAAAUAGCUCAAAAACUUUGAUUUUUGCGGUUUUGCCAAAAAAGCGGAAAAACGUUGGGCAACUUUGUCCUGAUUUUCACUUCUUGAAAUAUAGCAACCCUAUGUAUGCUUGUGUAUCCCAGUGUUUCACAAUCAGAGGCCAUAUGGCCCCCUGGCCCCAAUCCCCCGGAUAUUCCAAGGGGGACACAGGUGAAAAUCGUGAGGCUAGGGGACCACAAAGGGAAGUGAGAAGUUAAAUAAUCCUGAUUGGCUGGCUAUCUGCUAGGCCAAUCACGAGCGGAUAAGGGGGCAGCCCACCAGAGCCUAAUGCUCCUUUUUGCCAUGUGUGUUUUCUUGGAGCAGUCCUGGUUUGUUUCCGGUGGGAGAGGGUGAUCUCUGAGGCCUCUGUUUUGACCAGUAGAGCCCACAAUCCAGAACCCCCAAGUCAAGUAAGUGCGGUGGUGGGGUGGCAAUGGGUAGGGCUGGGCAAGCCGGAGCUGCUUGUUGCUGCCGCCAGUGCUGGGCCCAGUGGCAGCCUGGGCAUGACUCUGCAAGGUGCAGGGUGCAAUUCACCCCAGCGCCUAGUGGAUCAGGGCAUUUGGAUAUUGCCACGGGGCAGAGCCCGUUGGCAGCAUUGAUCCAGCUCUGCAAGGCUCAGGGUGAAAUCCUCUCCAGGCCUAGCCAAGCAGGGUCGUCUGGUGCUGCUGACCUGCAUCUAGUAAAUAACUGUCUACUCAGAAGAAAGCCACACUGAGUUCAGUGGGCCUUAUUCCCAGGUAAGGGUGUGUGGGGUUAUAGUGUUUUAUCUAGGCAGCCAGGGCUCCUCAGGAUGACAAGAUCUUUUUGCACCUGGUCAGUGAGAACCACUUGCUUUUUAAAAUUAACCCAUACAUACAGAGCUCGCUGUGCACCUUUUGGACUGUACCUGGAGGUUUACCCCUCUACGUCAAACAACUGGGGUCAAAUAAGUGUUUACUUUUUAUAAUACACGGAAGAUGAAUCUCCCUUGGUUGGUUCUGGACUAAGAGGUUUUUAAGCAGAGGUUGGAUGGCCAUCUGUCAUGGAUGCUUUAGCUGAGUUUCCUACAUUGCAGGGGGUUGGACUAGAUGACCCUUGGGGUCCCUUCCAGCUCUAUGAUUCUAUGUUCUUUUGCUUCAACAAUAUUUCAAUAUGUUCCUAUCAUUUUAUGUAAUUGAAUUUUGUAUAAAUUGUAUAAAUUAUAAAUAAAACAUGUUCCAUUUACAAACAAAACAUUUAAAUAGCUACCUUUCUACCAGUAGGAGGGGGGCUAUGGGUGUAGCCAGGAUUUUUGUUGGGGGGCAAGCUUUUGUUAGAGGGGGUCAGAACCUCAGAUUUGUAUUGAUUUUUACUUAUUUUGGAGGGUAGCUGUCCCCCCUUGGCUAUGCCGGGAGGGCACAGGAAGGAAACAAGGUUGGAAGAAGGUUGGGAAACACUGGUGUAUCAUACCUCUUCCUCUGCAGAUCAUAUUUAGUGGGAUUUUCUCUAAGAAAAGCUUAUUUAUUUGGCACACAGAGAAUUGGCAAAAAGUGCCCCAGGAGAUUAGAUCAUUCUAACAGCCCUUUGUCCCUGUUCUAUGACACCUCUGAGCAGCAACACCAGCCGCUCCCUCUGGCCCCUCCUGGUACCAGAAUAUUUCAAACCCAGAGUUCUCAUCCAGGCAAUACAUUGUGCCCUCAUUGUGCCAGAGUUCAGCUGUGGUCAAGAAAGCAGAACCCAAUGACGACACUGUGAACUUUCUCCUGGCCAUUGUUGUCUGAGUGGAUGAGUCAGAAAGCAACGAGCCUCCCCCCCCCCACACACACUAGCUGAGCACAGCCAAUUAGUUUGCAUCCUGUAACAGAGAUAUUUUUAGGGGAGGGGGAAUCACAGGGAAAGGUCAAUUGUUCAGCCUCUUUGUGAAAUUGUUGGGCCUGGUCCAAAUGCCUCAGCUACACUCUUCGACUCUGUCUUCUGUUUGUGCUUUGGCACAUAGGAGGAUACUGGGGGCACUGUUAUACAGUGGUUUUGCUCCUUCCUCCUGGGCCAUGUUCAGAAAGUGGGGGGAAGAUGAGUGUUCAGACCCCUGGGCUCUCACUUGUGGGGUGCCUCAGGGUUCUGUCCUCUCCCCCAUGCUAUUUAACAUCUCCCGCUGGGAGAGAACAUCAGGGGGUUUGGACUGGGUGUCCAUCAAUUUGCAGGUGAUACCCAGCUCUACCUCUCUUUCAAAUCAGAACCGGUGAAGGCAGUGAAGGUCCUGUGUGAGUGCCUGGAGGCAGUUGGAGGAUGGAUGGCGGCUAAUGGAUUGAGGUUGAAUCCUGACAAGACAGAAGUACUGUUUUUGGGAGACAGGGGGCGGGCUGGUGUGGAGGACUCCCUGGUCCUGAAUGGGGUAACUGUGCCCCUGAAGGACCAGGUGCGCAGCCUGGGAGUCAUUUUGGACUCACAGCUGUCCAUGGAGGCACAGGUCAAUUCUGUAUCCAGGGCAGCUGUCUACCAACUCCACCUGGAAUGCAGGCUGAGACCCUACCUGCCCGUAGACUGUCUCGCCAGAGUGGUGCAUGCUCUAGUUAUCUCCCGCUUGGACUACUGCAAUGCGCUCUACGUGGGGCUACCUUUGAAGGUGACCCGGAAACUACAACUAAUCCAGAAUGCGGCAGCUAGACUGGUGACUGGGGGCAUUCACCGAUACCACAUAACACCGGUCUUGAAAGACCUACAUUGGCUCCCAGUAUGUUUCCGAGCACAAUUCAAAGUGUUGGUGCUGACUUUUAAAGCCCUAAACGGCCUCGGUCCUGUAUACCCGAAGGAGCGUCUCCACCGCCAUCGUUCAGCUCGGACGCUGAGGUCCAGCGCUGAGGGCCUUCUGGCGGUUCUCUCAUUGCGAGAAGCAAAGCUACAGGGAACCAGGCAGAGGGCCUUCUCGGUAGUGGCGCCCGCCCUGUGGAACGCCCUCCCACCAGAUGUCAAAGAGAAAAACAACUACCUGACAUUCAAAAUACAUCUUAAGGGAAGUUUUUAAUGUGUGACAUUUUAGUGUAUUUUUGGUCUCUGUGGAAGCCGCCCAGAGUGGCUGGGGAAACCCAGCCAGAUGGGCGGGGUAUAAAUAAUAAAUUAUUAUUAUUAUAUUAUAAUUAUUACUGGAUCGGACCAUUUGUCCAUCGAGCUCAGUACAAGCAGUGGUUCUCAGAUGGAAGACAUUCCCAGCACUGCUUAGAGAUGCCCUUAUGCAUCAAAUUUGGUACCUUCUGCAUGCAGAGCAUAUGCUUCACUGAUGAGCUUCAACUCCUCCCUGAUCAAACCUCACCUUAUACAGUAGUACCUCGGGUUACAUACACUUCAGGUUACAUACGCUUCAGGUUACAGACUCCGCUAACCCAGAAAUAGUGCUUCAGCUUAAGAACUUUGCUUCAGGAUGAGAACAGAAAUCUUGCUCUGGCGACGUGGCGGCAGCAGGAGGCCCCAUUAGCUAAAGUGGUGCUUCAGGUUAAGAACAGUUUAAGGUUAAGUACGGACCUCCGGAAUGAAUUAAGUACUUAACCCAAAGUACCACUGUACUUCCUGCAGCCCAUUGCCAGCCUCCACCUCAGCGCUCCACUUCUCCUCUAACACUGGCACACUUGGGACCCCAGGCUUUUCAGGAGUGGAUUUCAAAGCAGCAUUUUCCUUGUGAAAUACAACCACCAGCUGUUCUUGAACAGCCAUGUUUUGUAGAGAUUCCACCAUUCUUCGCCACACCAGAGAUGAAAACAGGAACUCUUGGGUGCUUGUAACAACAGCCAACCUCUGCCCUUGCCCCAUCACUGCUUCAGUUCUACCCCCACCACACAGUACCUGUUACCUGAGUUUACCAAGGACUCUUCUAGUGUGGCCACAAAGACAGACGUGUAUGACAUGACUGUAGGGUGCAGUCAACAGGGUGUUGUCAACAGGGUGCCCUAUCCUUCAGAUGGUGUUAGACUCCUACUCCCAUCAGCCCUGGUGAGCAUGGCCAAUGGUCAGGGAUGAUGGGAGAUAUAGUCCUGCAACAUGUCACAUUGCACCAUAGUGGGCAAGACUGCCAAGGUAACAGGUGUGCCACUCAGUCUGCUAUCUGAGCACCAAUGGUCAACUGGAAACUUCACAGCCUCUUAUCCCCCUUAUGCAAUAAUGGAAUACCGAAUGGUAUAGUUUUUGUAAAAUAUGCAGGUAUUUAUGAUAUAUAAAAUGAACCAUGAAAAGAGAAGAGGGGAAGUCAGUUAAAAUAAGUAUUUUAAAUUGUAAAACAGAAAAUUUAAUAAAUAUAUAUAUAUAAUUAUAUAUAAAAAUUAUAUAUGUGUGUGUACAAAAUAUGUCUCCUAUGUUACUUCUGCUAGACAGCCUUGCCACCAGGGGUGUAAUCUAGGGGUUGGCCAUGAUGGCCCCCAGCCAAAGGAACCAACAGGCCCAGAGGCACACCAAAAAUUGUUCCUUUCCAGUCCGGCUUGGAGUGGCUAUGAGCCCAUCCACCCACCCACGUUUUCCCUAGGCUGCACCUCCGCUGCUCUAGGCAGCUGCCAAGGCACACAGGCUCCUCUGGGUGCCUUGAUGGAGAAAUCUGACUGCUGGCAUUGGCCAGCGGCACUAUCAGAAGUGUGAGCAGAGCACCCAGCAGGACUUAGAGAGAAAAGAAAGAUGGGAGAGCCAGCAGUGAUCAAGGGACGGGGGUGCCAAUGCAGCUCUUUGCCAAGGGUGCAAGGGUGCCUAAGUAUGCCUAUGCUUGCUACUGCCCUGCGCUUGAUUUACCUCCUAUAAAGAUUAUUGUAAUGCCUUCUGUGUAGGGUUGCCCUUGAAAAUUGCCCAGAAACUGAAGCUAGUGCAGAAUGCAGCCACAAGAAAACCGACUGAUAAUGCAAUGAUACAUCAUUUAACAAUUAUCUUGUGAGAUCAGCUCUGAGGUCCAGUCUGUUAUCAAGCCACAUAAAACCCUUGCAUCUUCGUAGCUAGGUAUCUGACAGAGUUCCUCUCCUCAUGAUAACCACCCCAUGCUGUUAGAGUGGCAUGCUGUCCUCCCAACAUGCAUUGUUUGCUGUGCAGGAUGUCAGAGGGGUUGGUGGAAGUUGUCAUUCAAAACAUCUAGAUGGCACCAGGUUGGUAGAGGCUGCUAUGUGGCUGAUAAACAAUAUAAACCAAAAUUAAAAAUCUAACAAAUUAUCUGAGUGCUGUUGAAAGUGCAUUUAUGCGCUCAUGUAAAAAUAUCCCCAUGGGCACUGAAACACCAAGUAGUGUCUGACCCUUGCCAUUCUACCCAGGGUGCUACUUGAUUAGUCUGCUUAUUGACCAUUUGUUCUGAUCUGUUUAUUGGGAGAUUAGAGGACACUGGAUAUUUAAUGAUGAUUCAUUCUGGUUUGCGGAAAGGUUAGAUGAUGCUAUCAAAACAAGUAUUAUCCCACAUUUUGCAGUGUUUCCUCAUCAUUUUCCUUAUCACAAAAGCCUGAUCUUUUGAAGGAAGCAGGGUUAUUAUUGCCAAGACCUCCCCAUCAACUUUUAUUGUGCAACCUGAAGUUGUUGCUAUAUGACUGGAUCCCACAUCAAGAGACCGACCGUCUGGAAGUGUCCAUACUGCAGCUGGUGCAGUUUACUUUAAAUGGUUAUGUGCCAUGAAGAUGUUAGGUUACUGGACAACCAGGUGUUUCUAUUAUAAUAAUUGUCUCGGGCUUAGUUAUGUUAUUUUGCUUUUGUGUUUGAACAGCAAAAACUCACUGCCAACAUUAGCAGGUGAGCCUAAUUCUUAGGACCUUGCAUCAAACUUCACCUGCUGAUUCUUGCAAAUGAAGCUGCUGUUAAAGGCAUAGGAGCAGCCCAGGGUGCAUUUUCUGGUCAAUUGACAACCAUUACACAUAACUUCUAUCAUAAUCUAAUUUAGGUUGGAGAUUAAUUAGGCUGUUGCCUACACGAAUUCUGCCCGCACACAAACAAAAACCAAUGAACACACCUAAAAUUAACUAUCUUCUAUACCUGACCCCCGGAGGAUAGAAAUAAUAUAGCCACAUAUGUGAUAAGGUGACUAUUGCUGCAAGAGGACUCUAGUGCCUCCAGAGGCUGACAAAACAAGUAACAGAAAUACAGGAUGCUUUUUUCUUUCUUUUACAAGAAAAACAAUGCCUUGACAUAUGCCCCUUGCAAAUGAGCGCAGGUAGAUGUUACAGAGUGCUGCAAAACACCAUAGUAAGUCACUACUGAAUUCCGUGGGACUUAGGGCUACUCCAGGGUGAUGGUUAUUUUGUGGGUUUCUUCUGACAUUAAUAAUGCAUUAGUGGUGGAUUUAUACUAGGCUAUCAGCACCUCAUUCUGCUUUAUUAAUUUUUCUACGAUGCUUCCCUACUGUUACUACAUUACUGCUACCUAGAGGGCACUCUUGCACUGCAGCACAACAAAAAUAGGACCCCCCCUCAACACCCCCCCCAAACAUUUGUGAUAUAAAAAGUUACAGGAUGCCAGUGGAAAGCUACGGAAUAUGUCUACCCUGAAACUUUUGCAGCUGCAAACAGUAUUGAAAAGCAGGAUCGUGUAUAACCUGCUUGUGUCCAUCAUGAAUGCACGUUAAAAAUGACAUCUACAGAUUCUCCUUAGGAAGAAUUCUGUAGACCACCCUCUUAGCUUAUAUGUGUGGAAUUUAGGCACAUACAAUAUACUGAGUUAGUCCAUCUUAGCUCAGUAUUGCUGACACUGGCAGUAGCACUUAGGGUCUCAGAAGGAGGACAUUCUCUACCUGAAAAUGUUGGAGAUGGAGCCUGGAACCUAUUGCAUGCAGAGCAGGUGCUAUACCACUACUGAGCUUAUUGCCCUUCACCUCAGAGGUACAUUGUACUUGCACAUGUUUGCCCCAUCUUUAGAUAUUUUCUCUAUUUGGCCCCAAAAGGGAAAGUAAUUUUUUUUAAAAAAACAAGCAGAGAAAACUUUUGGCAGAGCAGUGGUGAUAAAACGAAAGGUGCAUGUGGUUCUGGUUCUGCACCUACUUAAUUUCUAUGUGUCCAGAUGCUGUUACAGGCAAAGGAGUAAUUCUUUAGGGAAAAGGAUCAGGUGGGCUGCUUUUAACUGGCUGUCCAUGGGUUUGCCAUCUCUUAAGUGCACAUUUCUUCUGUUCUGAUAUUCAUGCUUUUGCAAGAAAUUUCUCCAUAUAUAAUGCAUGUUUUCUUCACUAAUGUUUUGCAACACUGUCCUCUGAUAUACACAUUUAUACUUUUUUGCUAUGAGAAUUGCACUGCAAAAUUAAGUCAUGAGAAAUUUGAAAGGCAGCUAUAUUCCAUUAGUAUAUCAUUUGAGGGCAUGUUUGUAUUAUAAUGUGAACUGAACUGAAAUUCUCCCCCAUCUCUAUCUUUCACAGGCAAUCGAGAAUUGCUGCAUCCUUCUGCAGUGGCCCCAUGGGAUGAAACAAUGAACUUCAAAAGGUGCCUUCUCAGUGAAGGUCCUUCAGGCCCGAGAAAAGAGGUGGGAGGAGCCUCAGAGCUGGGGCCCAAAUGCGGCCCACAAUGCCUUUCUGUCUGGCCCUUGGAACUCUCCCUAGUCCUCACAGACACCCCUGUUCCCAGCCUACGCUGCUCACUAGCCCUGCUGCACAUUCCAAGUGCCUUGAAUGUGUCCCUGACCUCCAAUAAUGCCUCUUAG